CUGAGAUUAUAUCUGUACCUUAGGGAAUAUGUAAAGUGAUGGGUGGGAUUGAAAGAGGGCAGUAAUACUGUAUAAUAAGAGGUUUGUUAGGUUCAGGUGCACAAAGUGAGGUGAAGAACAGAAGAACACUCGUAACACACACCCUGUGUGGAGUACAUGACGUAUAUGAGAUAUGGUUCACCUCGUUUCAGUGACUCUGCUCUUCUCAGUAGUAUGUGGUAUAGGAGCAUAUAUUCCUCAUCACUAUCACUUUGUGAAUGAGAAUAAAACCUGGAGUGAAGCUCAGACUUACUGCAGAGUGAAUUACACUGAUCUGGCAACCAUCAGCAACAUGGGAGAGAUGAAGAAGCUGAAUCACACACUGAUGAAGGAAAAUGCAAAGAAAGCUUGGAUUGGUCUACAGAGAGCAGGACCUGGGAGAUGGCUAUGGUCUCUGGACGACCAAACUUUCUACAGAGACGGAGUCACUUACACACAUUGGGGGAGCAGACAACCAAAUAAUGCUGGGGGAGUUGAGUACUGUGUUGUUGUGGGAAAAACAUAUGGCGAGUUGUAUGAUGAAAUAUGUACCCUAUCUUUACCAUUUGUUUGUUAUAAAGGAAAUAGCACUGGCACAUAUUACAUAUUGAUUAAUGAAAAAAAGGAAUGGCUUGAAGCUCAGACCUACUGCAGAGAGAACUACACUGACCUGGUCAGUGUGAGGAACAAAACGGAGAAUGAUGAGAUCUGGAGUCUGCUUCGAGGUUCAAACACUCAACUUGCUUGGAUCGGUCUGUUUAAUGACUCCUGGAAUUGGUCAGAUCAGAGUAACUCCACAUUCAGAUACUGGAGAUCUGACAAACCCAGUGGAAGUUUGAUCUGUGCUGCAGUGUCUGAGUCUGAGCAACGUUACUGGACUGAUGUGAACUGCACAGAAAAACUCCCGUUCAUCUGCCAUGAGAAUAAACUGAUCCUGAUUAAGGAGAAGCUGACCUGGUGGGAAGCUCUGACAUACUGCAGGAACCAUUAUCAUGACCUGGUGUCAGUGCGCACCGAGGAGAUGCAGCUCUGGGUGAAGGAAGUGACUCAAAACGCCUCCACUGAACACGUGUGGCUCGGCCUGCGUCACGACUGCGCCCAGCGUGUCUGGUUCUGGGUUGUUGGAUCAAUAAUCUGCUAUGAGGGCUGGGCACCAGGGAAUGGGACCUGGAAUGAAGACUGUAGUCAUGAGAAGAGAAGCGGAGCAGUGCAGUCUGGAGGAGAGCAGAAGUGGAUCGAGCUGCCUGAGAGCCAGAAGCUCAACUUCAUCUGCUCUACCUAUGAUGAUUUGUUUUAUUAAACAUGAAGACUGAAGACAAGUUGUGGUCCAUCAUCUGUGUCCAGCAUCAGCCGAUCUACAGCAAUGUCUCAUUUAUUCUCUUCUA